UCAGUCAACCUGUAGGACCUGCCCGCCUGCCGCGUCCGCUGACGAUGAGGAGGAGAUCAGCAUCGAGGUUGACCACGGGUCUGACUCUGAGCCUGAGGAUGAGAACGCGGAGUCGUCGUUCUUCCCGAGUUUCCACAGUGGUUCGCAGAUGGACCCUGUCUUCGCCAGCGACGAGGACAGUCCACCUGCUACGAGUACACCGACAGCACGACCCAUCCGUCUCCCUGAGUUUGGCUCGCCGUCACCGUCCCCGUCCGAAGCCCCCGCUCCUGCACCUGCCGCCCCGCGCCACAACGACACGAACGGCCACGCCAGCGACGCCCCCCGCAAAGCGACACGGCCGGAUUCGUCUCCCGCGACGCCGGCCGAUGCCACCCCCGCCCCCGUCUUCUCGCUCCAGACCCCGCCGCGGCGAUCGCCGGGGAAUGGCAGCUCCGUGAGCUCCUCCAAGUCAGAGUUCCAGACGCCGCCGCCGCCGCGGGGCAUGCCCGACCUCCCCGACCCACCGUCCUUCGCCACCGACGAUGCCGACGGCGACGGCGACGAGGAGAACGACAACACGCCCACGCCGCGUCCGCCGGGCGCGUGGGCCGCCACUCCGGACGUCCGGCGUGCUGCGGGCGGGAAGGCAGCGGGCGACGACGCGGGCGCGUCGAGCGUGCUCGUCAACACGCCUGAGGGACAGGCGAAGGUGGACGUCGUCGCGACGCCGGGUGCGCCGCCCGACGCUGCCACACCGAACACGACGGCGACGUGGCCGCGCACGCCCGCGCCGCCGGGCGCGUGGCUGCAGACCCCGGGCGGCCUGCGUCGCGAGACGACGGUGUCGGACGUCGGCGAGCCUGCCGGGGAUGCGAAGAGGCCUGCGCUCCCGGCGGAGUGGAACCCGAACGCGGCGGCGGACUCGUCUGCGGAGGGCGCCCUCGCUAUGCCGCCCGUCGACGUCCGCGGCGACGGCGAGGACAGGAAGGCGGCGAGGGCGGAGACGCCGCCACCGCACGCAAGACCGGACUCUGCGGGAGCGCGCCCGUUCCGCUCGCCGGGGAGUGUCAGCGUGAGGAUCGUGGAUGCGUUUGGGCGGGAGACGACGGCCGAGAAGGAGGAGGCGCAGAGGCCAGCGCAGGACCGGAAGACACAACAGUCCGCCCCUGCCACCCCGCGCAGCCGGAGUGCGGUGAGGAUCGUCGACGCGAUGGGGCGCGAGGUCGAGGAGCCCGCGCCGGAGGCGUCUGGCUCGCGUGACGUCCGACGCGGGCUGGACACCGAGCUGGCGGAGGCGUCGCUGUCGGUCGUGGAGGACGAGGGGUCGUCUGUGUUUUCUGUGGACAUGGCGACGCCGCCGACGCACAACGAGGCGCUCGCGCUGGUGCGGGAGCAGGUGGGGAACAUGAAGAAGGAGGCGCGUCAGGCGGAGAAGGACAGGUCGUGCCGGGAGCGCGCGGUGGACGACGGGCGGGCGCGGACGCUGGAGGACGCGUCGAGCAAGGCGCGGAGCAUGCGGCGGACGAUCUCGCAGACGCUGCAGCGGGUGGAGGACGCGGCGGAGAGCGUGCGGACGAGUCGGUACGCGCCGCUGCGCGAGAGCAUGCGCCGAAGCACGAGUCGGUUCCUGCCUUCCGCGAUGUCGGAGACGGGGGUCAAGCUGUCGUGGAGCCGCGGUACCUGGCUGUUCUGGGCCUUUGUGCUUAUUCAGCUCGGAUUCUGUCUGGUCAUGUACCGAUUAUCUAACAUGCGGGCUCGUCGACUGUUCCUGACGACGUACUACGACCCGUUCUACGCGGACGUCUACCUCUUCACGCGCACGCACCCGUCCGCGUCGAACCCGUCCGCGAUCCCGCCGCACGCGAGCUGGUACGAGGUGCCUGCGAUGCUCGCGCGCGGGGGCUGGGGCUGGCAGGGCGCGGUGCAGGAAGUCUGGAGCGGGGCGAUGUGCGCUCUUUCGCUACGGCCGUGCGAACCGGGUGCGUCGGAGGUGUGGAACAACGCCGCGCACGGUCACACUCACUGGCCGCCGGCAUGAGGCACGCCGGUGUCGCCACAUGCGCACAUUUGCCUCCUCUGCGCUGUUCUCAACUCCGCCCCGAGGACGCGCUUGGCCAGCUGGGGCCUUGGCGAGAUGGCAUCUCGCGCACCCGCCGUUAAGUUAAGCAGUUCGAUUAUUGCCUGUUUUGGAUCGUGGAUAGCUUAUGGAAGUUGGAUAUGGUAGAGUACAUUCAUGUUGUAGGCCUUACUGGGACUCUGGCAAUUGAAAUGCGCUAGGCACGGCCGCGUGUCGCGGCGUGGCGCCACUCAAAGAUCUGCUCACAU